GCCUAGCUUGGUCUCGGCCAAUCAGAGACUAGAGGCGUUUUAGUGCGACGUUUGAAUUUUUAGCCAGAAGUUACAAGGCUAGCGUCGGCUAGAUCGUGAAAUAAAGCUUAAAAUAAAGUUCAGAAGUAGCACUUAACGACUGUGUAAAUCUCAUCGGAGAUCUGCGGCGGAAGGACAGGAUGAGGAAGAGUGAGAUCCACGCUGCAGAGUCUGUAUCAUGUCUGACCAAGGCUCUCAAUGAGCUGAAGGACAUCUGGGAGGAGAUCGGGAUCCCGGAGGACCAGAGGCUGCAGCGCACCGACGCCGUUCACAUGCACAUCAAGAAACUGCUGGACAUGAUGAUCGCAGAGGAGGAGGGCUUGAGGAAACGCUUGCUGAGCAGUAUCGAAACAUGCAGAAAAGAGGUGGCCAGCCUGUGUAAUGAACUUCAGGUGCAGGAGUAUCAGGAGGAAGAUGGUCUUACGAUGCUGCAGUUGGAGAAGGAUCUCCGUACACAGGUCAAAAUGAUGCUAAAAGAGAAAAGUUCUCGUCAGAGCGCGCUGAAAUCUCUGAUUCAGCAGGAUCAAGAUCUGUGUGACAUCCUGUGUGAUGACCUCUUCCCCAUCCAUCCCGAACGAGUGCCGUCACAACAGCAGCUGCAGAACUACAGACAACACAUCAACGCCCGCAACCAGGAGAAGGUGCGUCGUCAUGCCGAGUUUGUGGAAAUGAAGCGUCAGAUCACAGUGUUGAUGGAGGAUUUGGAACAGCAUCCUGACACCUCCUUUGAGAAAGACGCCGUGUGUGAAGAUGAAGACGCUUUCUGUCUUUCUGUGGAAAACCUCCGCUCACUGAAAGUGUUACUGCACCAGCUGGAGAGCCGUAAAGCUGAAAGUGAAGCGCAGUGUGUGUCCAUCCGUGGUCGUAUUGCGGAGCUGUGGGAGAUGUUGCAGGUUCCUGAGGAAGAGAGAGAGAGUCUCAUGCAGAACACCCACACUAGCACAAAGAGCAGAUUGAAUGCACUGCAGGCAGAGCUUCAGCGAUUGGAGGAGCUGAAAAAGAAAAGCAUUGAGCGUGUUAUUCACACAAUCCGAUCGGAGAUUGUCAAGUUUUGGGAGAAAUGUUAUUACAGCCCGGAGCAGAGACAAGCCUUCACUCCCUACCACAGUGAUGAUCUGGAUGAGGAGGUGUUGCGUGAACAUGAGCUGGAGUUGGAACGACUGAAGCAGGAUUAUGCCGAGCACAGCGAGCUGUAUGACGCCGUUUCCACCUGGAGCAGCAACUGGACUCUUUAUCAGGAACUGGAGAAAAAAGCCACAGACCCCUCUCGCUUUAACAACAGAGGGGGAAACCUGCUGAAGGAGGAGAAACAGAGAGUCGACCUGCAGAAGAGUUUGCCGAAGCUGGAGAAGAGUCUGAAGGCUCAGAUUGACCAAUGGGAAGCGACGCACUGUAAAGAGUUUCAUGUGAACGGGCAGCCGUUCCUGCAGUAUGUGGAAGACCAGUGGAAUCGACACCAUAUGGAGAAAGAGAGAGAAAAACAGGAACGGCAAAUGAAGAAAAUGAAGCAGACGGAGGAAGAUCUGCUGUACGGCACCAUCAUCAGAACCCCAACCAAGAGAAGACUCGCUGGAACCCCGACACCUGGAAAAACACGCAAGCUGACAUCCACCUCUAGCAUGUGUAGCUCCACCCCAAACACGACACUCCGUUCCAUAUGCUCCUCCCCUUCUUUGAGACCGCCCCUUUCCUCCAGCAAGUUGUGUGCACGGACACCUGCCCGUGGCCGAACCCCUCGUGGUCUGGAGAGGAACAAGGAGAAUAUCUCCCAUCUGAGCGGAGCUUUGCGCACGAUGGCCGCCAGCCCUCAAAUAAAUUACUCCAUUACAUCCGUGGCCUCCUCCUACUCCGAGUUUGCGAAGGACUCUGAAUCCACUGCAGCGUCCAGCGGGAGCUCUCAAAUGCCUCUAAAUCCAGCGUCAAGGCUGGAGUUCUGAACUCUACCAUCACACACUGAACUCCGUGGAUCAAAGAUGGACGGAUGGGCAUCAAUGAAGACAAAAAAAAGCUUUUAUGGAAAUACUGAAUGUGAAUCAUUUAGAAUUUGUUGAAGAAUUGUAAAUAUUUUAGCUCUGCAUUUUACUAUUUUUUUCUCUUGACUUGUUUUUUUAUUUUUCUCCCUUUAUUUAAUUUUCCUUUUAUGAGUUUUAAACAAGUGAUUCUCUGUCUUUGAGCUUGACUUCACCUGCAGUUUUUAUGAAAACUCCAUUAACACUGAUCUUAGGCCUCUGAGAUGUUUUUUUUUAUAUAUAUAUACUCUUAAAAUCACGUUGGCAUUUAGAUGCAUUUCAGAUUUUUUUUUCUCUAAUUGCACGGCACACUAAGUUUAUUUAGCAUCACUCUGAAAUUGCUGCUACUGUGGUGGUUGGCAUCCUGUAAAUAAAUGUUUGUUUUCAUGGGGACAUUUUGUACUUUGGAAGUGAUUUAUUUAUUAGGAUGGAUGAGAAUGAACAUUGGGUGAAUAUUAAAUUUAUUUCUAUUUAUAGUAUUAUUCAAAGUGUGUACCUGAACAAUAAACUUAAACAGCUGUUGAGCUGAAG